UGCUUCCGUUUCCGCUUCCUCUGUCCUUGUUGCCGGCCGGAGGGGACAGGACCAGGAGCCGCGAUGUGGCGAAACCUGCUGAGUCUUCGCCAGCUUCCCCAGAGGACCAUAAGCACUGCUUCACGCAGGCAGGUUGAAAAUAAAGUUCCUGAGAUGCAGAAGCUUUUUCAGGAGGACAAUGGCAUCCCUGUGUAUCUCAAAGGUGGAGCAAUGGAUGGUGUCUUGUACAGACUCACUGCGGGCAUUUCGCUCUUUGGAACAGUCUAUGUUCUUUACAAGCUGGCAGAAGUUUCCAUGCCCAAGAAGCAGAACUGAUUCCAGGCCAGGAUGCCUCAGUGGCUCUCAUCUCUUCAUCCAGUUCCAAGUGGCUCUUGUGAUGGCAUCUUCUACUUGUUGCAAGCAUCUGGCUUCAUGCUUGGAAUCAUAAUUUAAUUGUCAUAUGUAAACUGCAACCAAUAAAGCAGUCCUUAACCUUGUGUUGUGGUGGUCUG